AUGUUAGUGACUGCUCUUCUCGGAAGGGACAUAGAAAUAUGGCCAGUGUUUGUAGCACGCGAGUUGGAAAAAUUACCAUCUCUAACUGUCGAUCACUUAGAUGUCAGCAAACUCCUUAAAGAUCUGGCUCUAGUGCAAGCCGAGGUUCGACUGAUUAAGGAGUCAUAUGUAACAAGGACUCAAAUAGAAGACUUGAAAAAUGAGUGUAAUCGUAAUAUUACGUCGUCUUCACCGUCAGUCCCGGGUGCAGGAAUAAACUUGAAGAGAGGCGCAUACCGUGACCGCUCGCUCACUUAUUUAAAAAGUACGCAUGAAGCGGCCGUUGGUGAUAAAUGUGACAAUCAAUUUUUGGAUCACGAAGCAAUUAAUACGUCACAUAAAAAAAUCACCAAUUUAAAUUACGGUGAAGGUAGAAAUAUGCCGAUACAGUGGCCUAUUCAAAAGGAUCGCUGCGAGUCAGCCGAAAGUAGCCGAGCGCGGCCGUGCUCGGCCGACGGCCGAUGCGUCGAUGGAGGUGACGAAGGCGUCACCGCCACCGCCAACUGCAAGCGGCGCAUCCGAUCAGCUGUUAAAUAA